CGGAUCGUCGGCAAGUACUUUCCUGCUCUUGUAAUUAGUGCAGAGCGGCUGAGAAAGUAUGUUCUCCAGAAAAUUCUCACAGAGGUGCCAGAAGGGCCUUUCUGUAUCGUGUACAUGCAUAGUGCUGUAAAAAAGGAAGACAACAAUCCCGGCAUGACCAUAUUGAGGUGGAUUUAUGAAGAUCUCCCUUCUGAGCAUAAGAGUCGGCUUCAGGUUCUUUACUUUAUUCAUCCUGGGAUCCGAUCACGGCUAGUUAUUGCUACGCUUGGCAGGUUCUUCCUAAGUGGAGGCCUAUAUUGGAAAAUUAAGUAUGUUAACCGGCUUCAGUAUCUUUGGGAAGACAUAAAGAGAGGAGAGAUUGAAAUUCCUGAUUUUGUGCAAAACCACGAUGAUGUUCUGGAGCACAGGCCAUUGACAGAUUACGGGAUUGAACCAGACCCAUUGCAUUUGAAUGAGAUGCCUGCUACUGCCUACUCCUUGGGGAGAUUUGACUCUAGGUGGGCAUAUAGAGAGGCCAUGUCGUGAGAUCUCAGCGAUAAGUUCCGACAACAUAACUUGUUUGUUAAUUAGUAUAAAAGCGUGGCAAUGCUUGAUGUGCUUGUUAGGUUUUGCCAAUACAUUAAUAACCAGAAAUAUGUAUCACCUAAUGGUAAUAUCAUGGCACUUGUUCGGUUUGAAUAAUGUGUUUUUGGUCCUUGUAAAUUAGGGAUGGACUUGCUUUCGGGUUCUUAACCAGUAUAGGUGUGUGAUACUCCGACCAGGCUAUUACGUGCAUGUUUG